CUACUCUCAGCUAUAGCAAGAAUUUUGUAAACAAAAAACAAGUUCAACAUAUUAUAUCUUCUUCUUUUUUCUUCUUUGUAUGAUAUUUUUCCCUCUCCACUUUCAAAAUUCUUAUUUUAACACUAAUGGAGACUAGUGUCACAUGUUGUGCAAGAGCAACAGCUCUUCUACCAAAUGUUUCUUCUCAACAUUCAGUUACUUCACUUGCAUCUCCAAGAUCAAUUUCCCCUUCAUUCACCUCCAGGAGUCUGAAAACAAGCUCAUUAUUUGGGGAAUCAUUGCGAGUUGCGCCAAAAUCAUCACCUAAGGUUGCUAAGACCAAGAACUCUUCCUUGGUGACUAAAUGUGAGAUUGGUGAUAGUCUGGAAGAAUUUCUUGCAAAAUCAACCUCAGAUAAGGGGUUGAUCAGGCUGAUGAUGUGCAUGGGAGAAGCACUAAGAACAAUUGCCUUCAAAGUCAGAACAGCUUCUUGUGGAGGAACUGCUUGUGUUAAUUCUUUUGGUGAUGAGCAGCUUGCAGUCGAUAUGCUUGCCGAUAAGCUUCUCUUUGAGGCCUUGACAUAUUCACACUUUUGCAAAUAUGCUUGUUCUGAGGAAGUUCCUGAGCUCCAAGAUAUGGGAGGCCCUACUGAAGGAGGAUUUAGUGUUGCUUUUGAUCCACUUGAUGGAUCCAGCAUUGUCGACACAAAUUUCACUGUUGGAACCAUCUUUGGUGUAUGGCCUGGGGAUAAGCUAACUGGGGUCACAGGAAGAGAUCAAGUUGCAGCAGCCAUGGGGAUAUUUGGACCGCGAACUACAUAUGUUCUCGCUCUUAAAGAUUGUCCUGGGACCCAUGAAUUCCUCCUCCUUGAUGAAGGAAAAUGGCAACAUGUUAAAGAUACGACAGAAAUCGGAGAAGGAAAAAUGUUUUCCCCUGGAAAUUUGAGAGCCACAUUUGACAAUCCUGAUUAUGCCAAGCUGAUAGAUUAUUAUGUCAAAGAAAAAUACACCUUGAGAUACACCGGAGGAAUGGUGCCUGAUGUAAAUCAGAUCAUUGUCAAGGAGAAAGGUAUUUUCACAAAUGUGACAUCUCCAACUGCCAAGGCCAAACUGAGGUUGCUCUUUGAAGUGGCACCGUUAGGAUUCUUGAUUGAGAAAGCCGGAGGUUUCAGCAGCGAUGGGAAACAGUCGGUGCUUGACAAGGUGAUCGGAACUCUUGAUGAGAGGACUCAAGUUGCUUACGGUUCCAAGAAUGAGAUCAUCCGUUUUGAAGAAACGCUCUAUGGGUCGUCCAGGCUUAAGUCUGCUGCCCCAGUUGGUGCUGCUGCUUAAGGAAAUAUGUGCGCAGCCCGGUCAUAAUGUUUUCAAUUUCGUUCUAGAGCAUCGCGAAAUUGCUUUGGGGAAAUGUUAUUCCAUCAAGGUGCAAAAGGGAGCUAGGUUAAGACCAUAAGGUCAAAUUAACUUUGUUAAAAAAUUGGGAAUGGAACACUUUUCCUUUUGAUGUUUCUAUUACCUGGUAGCAACUUUUUCCAUAUCUAAACUCCUGAUAUGCUGGAUUUUUGUAAUAUCAUGUAAGAUAAAUUUAAGUAUGAUAAGUUGUCUGAUUGUGCUUCA